AUGUCCCCUUUAGGCCCCUGCCAAGGUCGUUUGUUAUGGAUCGGUCAGUGGUCCAUCUUAGUCCUGCAGGUAAUCAAAUGUGGUCCACCGCAGGCGCAGGGAUGCCGAUAGAUGGGCAACAUACGUCUCUAGAGUACCGCAUCCUAGAGUCCCGAGGAUGUGCGACUGACCCUGCUCGUUCAUCUCCACUCUAUGGAUCAGAUUGCGAGAUGACAGGGCUCAACCCUUACCUCCCACCGCCGACGCUCGGCCAAGGCGAAGUAUUCCAACCUGACCGGAUACUAGAGGUGAGCUCCGCAGGACUGCACUCAGCCGGCACAGACAUGGCACUUGCCUAAAUUUGUCCAGUACUCGCCCAUUGUAGAUCGCCAUGAUCGCUACCGACAGCGACCUGCGGCCACUUGAUGAAGGCCUCGAGAUGAUCGUCCGGACCGAGCGGUGCGCAUGCGUAGUGAUCAAGCAUCGUCGCGAACGCUAAGAAUGGGUUCCGCGCCGUGCCUGCGUCCUGAUAUUCUUCUCCAUUCUCACAGCCACGUACUAGACUCGAUGAACGAUUGGUCAGUCGCCCGUGAAGUCAGAGCCGUGCGCCUUGCAUCACGUGACGAAGCGGUCGCCAUCGGUGUUAAGUGGAACCCAGUGGCACCGGUACUGAUGUAAGGUUACGAGCAUCGAAUGCAGGUGCAUCAAGCAGCAUGGAAAGACGGGCUUGACGAAAGCUUGCCUCGACUCGCCCCAUUCGAUCAAGGACGUCGACGCUGCGUGCAGGGCCUACGUGACCCGGCACUUUGAUGCCCCGGCUGUGAUCGCAGGAAAUUCGGUCCAUGCGGACUUGUUCGUCAUUCGAGUUCUGGCCAAACCGAUCAUGGAAUCAUGCUCCAGGCUGAGCCGCUUUGCAUUCUGACGCAAACUAGGGGUUUUAUCAGAAAGGACCUUCCGUCCCUGUCAUCCACGCUGCAUUAUCGCAUCGUCGACGUCAGCUCGCUCAAAAUUCUCGUUGCACAAUGGUACCCGUCGGCGCCUAAACCGCCCAAGGAGAAGUCUGAUUCACAGCACAGGUGAGUCGGACUUCACGUCCCUUAAUAUCCGCCGACUUUCAACUACUGUUGUCCCCUGGUUGUUAUCGAACGCCUAGUUAAAUUAUUUGCUGUUGUUUCAGAGCGAUGUCCGAUAUCCGAGACAGCAUCGAGGAGCUCAAGCACUAUCGCUGCCACUUCUUUGUUAAUACAGACUCUCCGUGA